AUUUAUUGACAUGCUAGUGCUUUAACGAGCACCUGUCAUCCCAGCAUCCUUUGCGUGUCCAAUAUGGAAGAACUGGAGGUGGAGGUUCGUGGCUCCAACGGGGCUUAUUACAAGGGCUUCGUCAAAGACAUCCACAAUGACUCUCUCACCGUUGCCUUUGAGAACAAUUGGCAACCGGAGCGCCAGGUGCCCUUCGGUGACGUGCGUAUGCCACCGCCCGCCGAUGCCAAGAAAGACAUCCGAGAGGGUGAGGAGGUGGAGAUCCUUUCCCGCGCCAAUGAUCUAGAACCCUGCGGCUGGUGGCUGGCUAAAGUCUGCAUGACCAAAGGCGACUUCUUUGUUAUCGAAUAUGCGGCCAGCGAUGCCACCUACAACGAGAUUGUGACAUUCGAACGCUUGCGCCCGGUCAACCCCAACAAGGCCAUCACCGACAAUUACUUUCACAAGUGCACCGUCGCUGUUCCGCAAGAUCUCCAAGAAGCGUGUCAGACGGACAACGCCCAUAAAGACUUUAAGAAAGCCGUCGGAGCGUGUCAAGUCUCUUACUGUCCCGAGACCAGCCAGCUGCUCAUUGUGUCUACCAACGAGUCAACAGCAAAGCGCGUCUCUUUGCUGAGUGACAUGCACCUUCGCAGCCUCCGAACCAAAGUGAUGCUCAUGUCUCGCAACCAAGAAGCGACAAAACAUCUCGAGAAUUCCAGACACCUAGUGUCGUCCUUCCAAGAAGAGUUUGCGGUGAGGACAGAUUUGAUGGGGCUGGCCAUCGGCAGUCACGGCUCCAACAUUCAGCAAGCGCGUAAAGUGGCGGGCGUCACCGCCAUCGAUUUGGAUGAGGAGACCGGGACCUUCAGAAUUUAUGGAGAGACGGCAGAAGCAGUGAAAAAGGCAAGGAACUUCCUGGAGUUUCUGGAGGAUUCUGUCCAAGUACCAAGAAACCUUGUCGGUAAAGUCAUCGGUAAGAGCGGAAAAGUAAUUCAGGAGAUUGUGGACAAGUCUGGAGUGGUGCGGGUGAGGAUAGAAGGGGACAAUGACAACAAGCAACCUCGACAGGAAUUGACACAGGGAAUGGUCCCCUUCACCUUUGUCGGUACUAAAGAGAGUAUUGGCAAUGUCCAGGUCUUGCUGGAGUACCACAUCUCUUACCUCAAUGAGGUUGAGCAACUUCGUCUGGAGCGGAUGCAGAUUGACGAACAGUUGCGUCAGCUCACGCAGGGCCACCGGCCCGGAGAGAGGGAGAGAGGGGAGAGGGCCGAGCGAGGCGGCGAACGAGGCGGCGAACGAGGCGGCGAGCGAGGUGGCGAGCGAGGUGGAGGAUACAACACUGAUGGCAGCGCCAACGCUUCGUCAUCAUCCUCGCACGUCGGCCGCUCCUACAACAGUCGAGGGCGCGGGCGCAGAGGCCACGGCUACGGCGCCGGUUACGGCACCAACUCUGAGCACUCCAACGCAUCCGAGACUGAUUCGGAGCGUCGAGAUGAAGUCGGCGACUGGUCUCAGGCUGUUGACGAGCAAAUGAGGGAAAGAGGUCCGCGUCCACAGAGGGAUGCCCGCAGGAGACCGGGACCUGGCAGAGGACGAGGAGGACGAGGAAGAGGAGGCGGAUACAAUAACAGUGCAGAAGCUGAUGCCUUUGCAGCGGGGCCCCGCGGCGACGUCACGGAGACGGACCAGACCGCCGACACAGAUGCGAGCGAGUCCAACUUGCUCACCACCCGCCAGCGGCGUUCUCGACGACGCAGGACGGACGAGGACGCCACCAUGAUGGACGGCAUGAGCGAGUCGGACAACGCCUCCAUGAGCGAAAAUGGAAUCGAUGAGGCCGAAGCUCAACCGCAGCGUCGCAAUCGUAGUCGGCGACGUCGCGCUCGCCUGCCUGACGACAGGCAGCCAGUGACGGUGGCCGACUUGAUGUCCCGGGCCGACUCUCAGAGCAGACGGAUGCCGUCGCCCAAGGAGGCCCACGUCAACCAGGAGGAGGGUCAGGGGGACACCAGAGCAGAGCACAGCCCCGAGGCUCCCUCCAUGACCACUAACGGUUCCGACAACGGCGCCACCCAAGAGGACCCGGGCUCCACUGAGGGGGUAACCAAAGUCCCGGACAAAGGUGACCAGGACACCAAACCUGUUGUCAAUGGCCUCUCCUAGUCAAAUCCCGAAAUUCUGUUUCCAAUUUUUCAGAUAAUCUGGCUGGUAUUGUUUGAAAUCUCCUGCUUUUUGUGUGAAUCUCUGUUUUUAAUGCAGAAAGAACUGUCCCCUAUUUUUUUUUUUUAAACUUUGGAAUUUGAAGCGGUGUACAUUUAGCGGUCUGUAUUCCUGCCACAUCUUUACACUCUUGUCCUGCUAUCCACGCGGUUCGUCUUUUUACAGUAGUUCUUCCUGCAUAAAUUGGCCAAAGACGCGCACUGCGAUUAUGUAAAUGUUCAUUUUCACUCGCAAGGAUGACUGUGAAUGCAGUACUUGGAAGUAGUCAGGGAUUCCACUCCAACCCACCCUGUGGUAUGAAUGCGGCUCUUAUUUUCGGGUGACAUUUUAGCAGUUUUUUUUUUUUUUUAAUGUCCGCCUUCAUCGGGUGGACUUCCCAAACAUUUUCUGGACAAUUUGGUGCAUCUGAAGUUGCUAUACCACAGUCGAGCGGAUGAAUUGGAAGCCCUGCAUACUUGACAUUGACGUGAUCAGCUGUCGUGCCUUGAGAAUAAUUUGAACAUGAUGCCUGAAACGCACAAUAUCUGAAACCUUUUCACGUGUUUGAUGGUGGUUUGCCUACCAGUUGGACCAGAUGAGCUCAUGUUUUUUUUUUUUUAAAUGCUCUCUUGCCACUGUGAAGCGACAAAAAGCAACAACCACUAAAGACCCCGAAAAGUCACUCAGAUAUCUUUUCAAGUCAGGUGUGACUGUUCUUAAUGUUUAUUGAGUUUGGCAUAGCUGCUUUCUCUUUUUCAAUAUGCAACCACUUUGUUUGUGAGGAAAUGUUACAGCGUACCUGGAAAAGAAACCUUGGAGUCAUUUCCUUUGCACUGAAACAUUGUUUUCUGUUAAGAGUUAAUUGUAGUUGGAAACUGCCUUGUGUGCUCAACACAGAUGUAGCCGAAUUUCUUUGUUUGUUUGGCUGGAAACUGAUUGACUGUUUCCCCAAAAGGCUUAUUUAUUUUAAAAAUGUACAGUAUUUAAAAAAAAAACAAAUAAAAAAAAAAAACACCACCUCUUGACUCUAAACGUACUUACAUGAGAGGACAUAAUAAAUUUGGACUACUGAGUUAUGGCAGUGCAUGUUUUUCUGUUGGAUGGGCAACAGUAUUUUGAUUUUUUUUUCUAAAGGAUCAUUCUGGUUGGUUGAUGUGCAAUAUGUUUUGUAUGCAGGUAGUUCUUAAAUAAACGAUCUUUCAUGUAGAUCACCAAACCAAA